AUGACCGGAGGGUUCGCCACAAUCGCCGGCUCAGUGAUGGCCGCGUAUAUCAAUUUCGGCGUCAGUGCCAUUCAUCUGUUUUGGGAUGAGUGCGAAAGUGUUGCCACACUUAUCGGUCUCAAGACUGUCAUCAAUGAGUUCGUCGCUUAUCAGGAAUUGGGAGAAAUGAUUAAAUUAAAUAAUUUGUCGAAAAGGGCACAAUUAAUCUCGACGUACGCGUUGUGCGGCUUUUCUAACUUUGGCUCAAUUGGCAUACAGUUGGGAGGGUUGGGAUCGAUGGCACCCGAGAGAAAGGCUGACUUAUCAUCGAUGGCUCUGAGAGCGAUGAUCGCCGGCUCGAUAUCGUGUUUUAUGACCGCCUGUAUCGCCGGACUAUUAGUCGCCGACAACGCCUGUACCCAAUGCUGACAUACCGUAUAAAUAGGCAUACAUUUAGUCAGACAGACACAUGAUUUGAUUAUCAAUUCAUUUCUGAAAAUCUUAAUUGUGACCA